AUGUUCGUCAGGACGGAGACCGCCUUUGCGUAUACGAAGCUGUUUUCCGUAUGUAAGCAACGGUGCCAAGAAAUUUUGGACCUACGGUUUGGCGCAUUGGACCACUCCACUUCAGUUGCGAACGCUUUCCAGACAGUCUGGUCGGAGAUCAAGCUUCUCGACUGCUGGCCCCAUCUCGACCGGAAUUCUCGGAAGAAGAAAGGGUUGCUUGCAGAGCACGACCGCUACAACGACAUCAUCAAGCGCCAGAUCGAUUAUUUGAGUAAAUCGCGCUCGAAGCAGCAAUUCGAGGGGAUUUCUGCACUCAUUACUCAAAAUUGGGACGACCUUGGUGAAGGCGAGUAUGCGGCGUGGCUGGACACGGAAUAUCUUACAAAGCCGUGGGAACUGUUGUUCUAUACGACCAGCUACGUUCCAGGAAUUCUUCCGAACCAGAAUACGAUUGCAUCGCACCACCCCAGCAUCAAAACUACUGCAGUGAAUCAGCUGCGGGUUUCAACAGGGCAUGUACUUGCGUCGACUCUACCAAAAAUCCUGGUCGAGUGCGCGAUGGAAAUCGGGUCGGAGCCUAUCCAGCACUUGGCCGCUAGACCAGUUUCUGCAGAGGUUCUAGAAGCUGGUGUACUCCUCUGCAACGACGACAACCACUUCCCGACUCACAAACGCAAGACGUGCAGAGCUAUCCGCAACAUCCAGGCGUAUUAUUUCAACCAGAGAUACUACAUCGUCCGUGGCGACAAUGUGCAUGGAUUGAAGGUGAACGCGAGCCGAACAAAGACCUAUGAGAGCUCGCUCAGCGGAUCCCUCAAGAGUGAUGAAAUUGUGGAGAAUGUCCAGCUUCGAUACCUCUCACUGCACAAGAUGACGGUGUUGGAUCGACUUCCGUAUGAGCACGACUGGUACUCUCCGUUGUGGCCCUGGAGGAGAUCAACACCAUCAGAAAAAAGUUCAGGUGUGACUGCAAAGAUUUCUACCAGACGGGGUAGCUGUGUGCUCAUGUACUAG